UGCAAGUAAAUUAUAGACAAUUAAUGUAAUUCAGUCUCUACUCUAAAAUAACUACCAACUACCUAUCAUCAAUCAACUCUUGUUUUUUUUUGUUUCUUCUCCAGUACAGAAAUGUGUAACCAAACCAGUCAUAAAUACAGUAUCUUUUAAAAACCCUAAUCAAUCUAAAAUUUCAAAGCUUGAAUUACACUUGUCAUGGCAGCGGAUCUCAAUCCCAAAUCUGAUAUUUCCUUCAUUGAAAUCUUUCUAUGCAGUGCUUUUGCCGCUUGUUUUGCUGAGCUCUGCACCAUUCCUUUGGACAUUGCAAAAGUUAGGCUUCAACUCCAACGAAAAGCCUCGACCGGGGAUGGAGGAAGUAUACCGAAAUAUAAGGGCUUGCUGGGUACUGUGGCUACUAUUGCAAACGAAGAAGGUUUAGCGGCACUUUGGAAAGGCAUCACUGCAGGAUUACAUCGUCAGUUUAUUUAUGGAGGUUUAAGGAUUGGAUUAUAUGAACCUGUGAAAACAUAUUUGGUUGGUGGUGAUUUUGUUGGAAAUAUUCCUUUGUACCAGAAGAUAUUUGCAGCUUUGCUAACUGGCGCUAUAGCAAUCACAGUUGCUAAUCCAACUGAUCUCGUGAAAGUUCGCCUGCAAGCUGAAGGAAAAUUACCAGCUGGGGUGCCUGGACGAUAUGCUGGAGCUCUGAAUGCAUAUUUGACCAUAAUGAAACAGGAAGGAAUUGGUGCUUUGUGGACUGGACUUGGGCCUAACAUAGCACGGAAUGCUAUCAUAAAUGCUGCUGAACUGGCCAGUUAUGAUCAAGUGAAACAGACAAUUUUGCAAAUUCCAGGGUUCAUGGACAACGCUUUUACUCAUAUCCUAGCUGCUCUUGGUGCAGGACUUUUUGCGGUCUGUGUUGGUUCUCCUAUUGAUGUUGUGAAAUCCAGAAUGAUGGGAGACUCAUCGUAUAAAAGCACUCUUGAAUGUUUCAUCAAGACGCUGAAAAAUGAGGGAAUUUUUGCCUUUUAUAAAGGUUUUCUUCCAAAUUUCAGCCGACUGGGAUCUUGGAAUGUCAUUAUGUUUUUGACUCUUGAGCAGGUGAAGAGAAUAUUCACUAGGGAAAUAUACAAUGACUAAUAAGUUUCUGCAAGCUUAGAAGACAUGACCUCUUCAACUUUUGGCGGUUUUUCCACUAGAAAUAAGGUUCACUUACGAGAAAUUCUUACAUAGACUAUGUCCACCACGUCAUUUGUGGAUAGAACCAAUGAAUUGCAACACAUCAUUGAAACAUAUCAAUAAUGUGAUGCAAUUAAUUAGAAUAUUUCAAUGAUUCAAUGGCAUGUUGCAAUUUCUUUGGUGCAGUCAACUGAUUAUGUGAUGAACAAAGUCUAUGCAAGAAUUUAUUUUCGCUUUGCUCAGAAUUCUUUCCGCUUGGUUAAAGUGAGAACUUUCGACAAGUUUCCUCAUCAUUCAACCUGGAAACGAUGCACAUCGUCAGAAUUUUAUUUCCAGUGCCUCAUUCAAACCCAAAAAGGGACUAUAUCCUCAGACUAUUCUUAUGUUAUAUCAGAUGAUUUGAAGUCCUACACUUCAGCAGGCUAUUCAAAAGAGCAUCUCUUGUAAUAUCUUGGUUAAAGCUGAGCCAUUUGUUCAGCUUAUGUAUAGAUAUAAGCACUUGAGUAAUUCAUUCUCUGGAUCGAAUUGUAUGCAUUUACUAUAAAAUCAAUAGCAAUUUAUCCCCAAUUGUUUCUUAA